AUGCCUCUAUUUCGUGGCGAACAGAAUCAGCCUGCGGGCAAUGAGAAGGCCGCCUUUGGCGACAAGGACUACUAUGCCGACUUCUCCACCUCCCCCGAGAGGGCCGAAGCUGGCGGGAUGCCUGCGCCUCGCAAGAUGAGUCGCAUCGACCAGCCCAGGACCAGAUCCAUCACCGCUUCUGUCACCGGCAGGGGCCUUGAGGACGAUGCCUCCGACCCCUCCACUUCCAUCGCAAAGCAGAUGGAGUCGGAGAAGGGCAAUGCCAUUCAGUACAGGACGUGCAGUUGGCAGAAGGUAUGAUUCCUCUUUCUCUUCACUGCAGCUUCUCCGCGCUCGUGCUGCUAGCAUUUGCGACUUCCCUGAGCUCAUUCCGAUGACCUCGCGCUUAUGUCGCAAUCCUUCACAAAUCACAGGAUCCCUGCAUGAUGUUUUGCGCAGAACAUCGCUGUUGAGAGUUCGGCUCUAAUCACGCUUCUAGACUGCGGCUCUGUUGUUCUCCGAGUACAUUUGCUUGGCCAUCAUGUCCUUCCCGUACUCGUAUUCCGUCCUUGGUCUCGUGCCGGGUAUCAUCCUCACCUUCGUCGUGGCAGGCAUGGUGCUCUACACCUCUCUCAUUGUCUGGUAAGUCUCGCGGAACGCAUUGAAUCGCUCCAAACCUGACUCUAUCGCAAAGGGAAUUCUGCAUGCGCCAUCCUGAGGUCAAGGACGUCUGUGAUGUCGGCCAAGUCAUCUUUUGGGGAAGCAGAUGGGCGUGGUGGUUCACGGCCGUCAUGUUCCUGCUCAACAACACCUUUAUCCAAGGCUUCCAUUGUUUGACGGGUUCCAAGUACCUAAACACCAUGACCAACGGUGGUCUCUGCACUAUUGCCUGGAGUGCCAUCGUGGCUGUCAUCUCCUGGGUCUGCUCGCUCCCUCGAACCUUCAACACGCUGGCAAAGCUUGCGGCCGCUUCUGCCUUCUUCACUUUCGUCUCAGUCCUCCUGGCUACCAUCUUUGCAGCCAUCGAAGACCACCCGGGAGGUGUGCCAGGCAGCAAGUGGCCUGCUCUUGGCGCGCCUACCGUCUUCGCAAUUCCGCCAGCGGGCACGACCUUCGUCGCUGGAAUGAACGCAUUCAUGAACAUUAGCUACACAUUCAUCGGACAGAUCACGAUUCCGUCCUUCAUUGCCGAGAUGAGGGAGCCCAAGGACUUUCCCAAGGCGUUGUGGGCCGUCACGAUUGCCGAGGUCAUCCUCUUUUCCUUGGUGGGCUCCAUCAUCUACGCCUACACUGGAACGAACUACAACACGGCGCCCGCCUUUGGCUCGCUUGGAAACGAAUUGUAUCUGAAGGUCAGCUUCAGCUUCAUGAUCCCCACCAUGAUCUUCUUGGGAGUCCUGUAUGCCUCGGUCUCUUCGCGCUUCGUCUUCUUCCGUCUGUUCGCUGGAUCCCGCCACAUGAGUAGCAACACCGUAGCGGGUUGGGCUGCAUGGGCCGCUAUCCUUGGUUGUACCUGGGUCGUUGCCUUCAUCAUUGCCGAAGUGAUUCCCUUCUUUAGCGACCUCCUGUCUCUCAUGAGCUCGCUCUUCGACAGCUUCUUCGGCUUCAUCUUCUGGGGCACAGCAUAUCACCGGAUGAGACAGGCCGAUUACGGGAGCGGCUUCUGGAAGACUCGCGGAGUGAAGGGAUUCGUCGGGGCGGUGAUCAACAGCAUCCUGAUUGCCAUCGGGUUCUUGUUCUUGAGUGCAGGAACGUAUGCAUCAGUGGAGAGUAUCAUCCAGGGAUAUGAAUCCAACAACUUUGGCGGGCCCUUUACGUGUGCCAGCAACGCGCUGUGA